UAUAUUUUUAUGUGCAAUUCUUGCCGACUUGUCCUUGGCUGGUAGUGUGACUACUCGGCUACACAAACGACAGCUUGGUUCUGCCAUUACCUUCAAAUGGGUAAAGUUGCAUAGUUGUAACUUGCCUGAAUCCAUCUCGGAUGAUAUGGUUCGAAUCAUCAAUACAAAUAAUCCCUCAAAUCCAUCCAGGUUCUGUCGACCCUAUUACUCGUCCACCUUAAAUCGUACCUUGUAUCUAUAUGAGCGAUAUCAAUCCGAUAAUGGAGGUAUAAUUGAACGACUUGAAUGCAGUGAUAACACUUGUUCUCAAGGAUGUUCACUACAAGGCACGAGCUGGGUUUCUAAAGCGGAUGGUCAUGCUCCUGGUCAAGGGCUGUGUACGGUUUCCUACUUUGAAGUGGUGAAUCCCAGUGACGAUACAAUAUGGACAAAAUCUGAAUGGGAUACGCUGGCAACAUCUGCUUUUGUUCAAGCCACUACCCUAUACGCUGCUCCUGUCAAACCCGUUGUAUGCUCAAACUCUCAUAGGAUUCAGUCUUUUGUUCGUCACCAUAUCUUUGAAAACUGUGUAGCUAUAAAUACUACUCAUUUCAUCAAGUCCUUUUUGGAAAAUGGUUCGACAAGCACUGAUGCACGACAGAUAACUACAAGAUUGUGCAUGGAUUCAGCUUGCUCUACAUCAUGUUCAACAUUACUCAAAAUACCUGCACCACUAAAAGGUAGCAACAAGCCAAUCUGCACGGCUCCUGAAUUGAGUUCCAACGAAGCGAUAGUUCCUGUUACAAUGAUGUUUCCCUUGUUGACUCUCAGUAACCCAAUUUCUUCCGACUACACUACGCUAUCACUUCAUGCUCCAACACUACGCUUACUUGCAUCGGCUAUAAACACAUCCAGUCCUGAACCCGCAGAUGCCGAUUCAGGUUCAACUGGUGGCUUUUUCUCCUCUCCAAUAGCAGUAGGGGUAUAUAUCGCUGUUGGUGUAUGUGUAUUCAUUGUACUGGUUGUCUUUGGGAUUCGCGCUUUUCUUCGGAUAAACUUUGAAUCUCCCAAGCGUACCACCAUUGCCGAAAAAGUCGUCGUUGUUCACGAUCAGUACGGAUCCAACUAUAGUCUGGAUGAUCUGGAAGCUGGUCCACCAAACUAUAAUUCUGCAACAGGUAAUGCUCCCGUUGUUUAUCAUGGAUGACAGCCACUAGCGUUUUUAAGUCGUCUCCAUGCAAGAAAUUAAAGAUGGUCAGCAAUGCCAAUGUAUAUAUAUAAUGGUUUUGAAUAUAUACAUGCACUUGAAUUAUAUUUUUAAUACAUACAAGUAAUAUCUUGACACGUUU